GGGCAGAGCGGCCGCUGCAAGAUCGUGGUGGUAGGGGACGCUGAGUGCGGCAAGACGGCGCUGCUGCAGGUGUUCGCCAAGGACGCCUAUCCUGGGAGUUAUGUCCCCACGGUGUUUGAGAACUACACUGCAAGCUUCGAGAUCGACAAGCGCCGCAUUGAGCUCAACAUGUGGGAUACUUCAGGUUCCUCUUACUAUGAUAACGUCCGGCCUCUGGCCUAUCCUGAUUCUGAUGCUGUACUCAUCUGCUUUGACAUUAGCCGGCCAGAGACACUGGACAAUGUUCUCAAAAAGUGGCAGGGGGAGACUCAGGAGUUUUGCCCGAAUGCCAAGGUUGUGCUGGUUGGCUGUAAGCUGGACAUGCGAACUGACUUGGCCACACUGAGGGAGCUAUCCAAGCAGAGGCUUAUCCCUGUCACACAUGAGCAGGGCACUGUGCUGGCCAAGCAGGUGGGGGCCGUCUCCUAUGUUGAGUGUUCCUCCCGAUCUUCUGAGCGCAGCGUCAGGGAUGUCUUCCACGUGGCCACAGUGGCUUCUCUUGGCCGGGGCCAUAGGCAGCUGCGUCGUACUGACUCACGCCGGGGUCUGCAGCGAUCCACGCAGCUGUCAGGACGGCCAGAUCGGGGCAAUGAGGGCGAGAUACACAAGGAUCGAGCCAAGAGCUGCAACCUCAUGUGAGGGGCUGCAGUGGCACAGAGUGAAGAGGGGAUGUCGAGGGGCACAGUACUUCUUCUGUCCGCACCUGGGCUUCCUGACCUCCUGACCUUGGCUGGGAGGCUAGGAUAGGCAGAUGGAGCAAGGCUUCUGGUCAGAGGAGCUAGAAGGCAGAGGGAUGUCACCAUUCUCCUUGUCACCAUCCCCUCCUUGCCUCUGGAAUUUAAGGGGAUUAACAGAUGGGCAUCUGGGGCAUGAACUUGAGGGGGGCAGGUGGGCAUUAGGGAAGCCAGCAUCAAGCAAUGACCUUGUUCAGCCUUGUGUAGAAAGAGUACCUUCUCUUCCCAUCCUGGGUCCCUGAAUCCUGGCCCUGGCUUCCUUUCCUAAGCAAAAAUGUCAAUUCUGCACACUUCUUUUCUUGAUCUCUCAUUUCUACAGCUGUUCUCACACAUUCUAACCUCCAGGCUACAUGCACUAAAUUUUAAAGCAAGGGGAAGCCCCUCUCCACCACCAGUCCCCCUCCCCAUCCCCCUUCCUCCCCAUGCUCCCCCAAAUAAAG